ACGCAACCUUUUGCCUUGUGGAAUGACGUGUCAAGAAAGUGCCGGAAGCUUUCAGUCUGUCCAAAAUGGCUUACCAGACACUACAACAGGAGUACUUACAGAUUCCUGUUGUUACCAGGGCAUAUACAACCGCCUGUGUCCUCACAACUGCUGCAGUGCAACUAGAGAUCAUCACACCAUUUCAGCUAUACUUCAAUCCGGAUUUGAUUCUAAGGAAUUACCAGGUAUGGCGACUAAUAACCAACUUCCUGUUUUUUGGUCCAGUUGGCUUCAAUUUCCUGUUCAAUAUGAUUUUUCUGUACAGAUACUGUCGUAUGCUAGAGGAGGGCUCUUUCAGGGGACGCACGGCUGACUUUGUCUUCAUGUUCCUCUUUGGUGGGAUUCUGAUGACUAUAUUUGGCACUUUUGUGAGUCUGGUGUUCCUGGGCCAAGCCUUCACUAUCAUGCUGGUGUACGUGUGGAGUCGACGAAACCCAAAUGUUCGCAUGAAUUUCUUUGGCCUGCUGAAUUUCCAGGCACCUUUCCUUCCCUGGGUGCUGAUGGGAUUCUCACUUCUGUUGGGCAACUCCAUCAUUGUGGAUCUUUUAGGUAUCGUUGUCGGUCACGUGUACUUCUUUCUGGAGGAUGUUUUCCCCAACCAGCCAGGUGGUGGGAGAUGGCUGAGGACCCCAUCUAUCAUGAAGAUGCUGUUUGACACACCAGAGGAAGAUGCCAACUACAACCCCCUGCCUGAGGAGCGCCCAGGAGGGUUUGCCUGGGGAGAGGGACAGCGCCUUGGAGGUUAAAUGUGCCACCUGAUCGUCCCUGAUUAUCAGGUCACUCCCAAGGACAUUCCCUCAGAGAGAUGAAGGGGACAAACAUGGUCUUCGUUUUUGACUUUGUUGUUUAGUUCUGGAUGAAGAAUGCCAAACAACCAGAGGUGGUUUUGAGAUAACCGUCUGUUGUCUUUGUAUAUGGGCUUAAAUCAUCCCCAGAAACUCUUCUUGAUGCAAGAUCGUUGCUCUAAGACUAUUUGAGAGAAAACAAUCUUCGGAUGGAACUCUGGAUGGUGAGCUUUUGGGCUCGGAUGAUGUUUGUCUUCAUCUCAAAAAAAAAUAUUGAUAUAAUAGAACUGUCAUAUGAAAGUGAAAAAAAGACAGCAGUAAAAUAGCUAAAUGAAUUUAUUCAGAUGGCGAGUGCAUUUUCUUUCUCAUUUAACUUUAAAAAAAAAAUAAAUGUGUGUGGAAAAUGAUGCUUUGGUUUCAUCUCUUUGAAAUGUUGCUUGAAACCAAAGACGUCUCAACAAAUUAAAUGAAUUGAUUCACAGAAAUAACAUUAUGGUCAGUAGAAAGGAUCUUGUAACUUAAUUCUCUGUACACAGCAGGUCAUUGUAAUAUACAGAUAUCAAGAUUUGUAGUAUGUCCUCAACUUCAACUUUUCAUUCAUUUAGGUUAAAGCUGUACUUUUUUAAUACAAACAGCCUCAAAUCAGAUACAUGUAGGUUUGUUAUACACAAAAAAGGUGCGUCUUGUCUGUAAUUUGUAUGUGACAAUACGUUUGGCUAUUGUUAAUAGAUCUUGCACACAUUUUUAUUUUUUAGUGAUCCGGUUUACUGGCCCAGCAGCAUGUGGGAUAAAGAAUGUUUGACCUAUGUUUGUUGCUCUUGAGGAGUGAUAAAAUAAAUAUGAGAUGUGGUGA